AUGAUUAAGUCAGAUGAAGUUGAUGAUGAUGCUGGCGUUUUCAGCAUCGCCAACGACUGUUGCACCGAGAAUGACGCCAUCCUCGCCGAUAAAAAGGAAGAGGAAAGGACUCUUUCUGCGGUUAUCACAAGGCGAACUGGACAAAGCAACGCCGAGCAGAAGAAGGAUUUCUGCUGGCUCGUGAAGCAGUGGUCCGUUUCGUCAGGAUUCCAUCGCUUACGCGGUGGACCGGCAGAAACGGAACGCUGA